UACGCUUCCCACGUGCCAUCACGUGAUUAACCCCCCAUAUUAAUCCCUCCAGAUAUUCUGGCAUAUGCUUCCCCUUUGCCACCUCCGCUUUCUUCUAGAAAAGCCACACCCAUUUCUUCUUCUUCUUCAUCAUUUCACAAUUCUCCGCUUCUGUAAUUUCAUUCUCUUUCCAUGGCGGCUUUCGCUAGGUCCAAACGAGUCACUGAUCCACUCGAUGACAAAGUCAAAGCUCGCUUAAUCGGCACCGAUCACUUCCACCAACUCAGUUACGUUAGCAGCGGAAGCGAACAUUCCGCUCAUGAUUCCCCUUGUUUAUCCGAACUCGUUCAUGGAUUUCUUCACCAUCAUGAUCCCGAUGAUGAAUCUCGUGAUGCUACUACUUCUACUCUGUUACACUCCUACGAUUCCGACUCUGAUUUCCUCGAUUCCGCUCCCGAUCGUGAAAAUCCUCUUGAUGAAAUCAUCAGGUCUCUCAAUUUCAGAAAUGUUGAUUCCUACAGAAAUUUACUCCUUCAACAUCUUAGAAACGCCAUUGAUAACUUCUCGCUGCUCAAAUCCAACAAAUCUGUGUUUCUGAGAAAUGUUAUGGCGUUUCUGCGUGAGUUAGGGCACAAUGCUGCGAUUUGUAAAACGAAAUGGAGUUCGUCCGGUAGUUUAACUUCUGGAAACCAUGAGUUUAUCGAUGUUGUACGAUCGGUUAGUGGAAAAGCGCAGGUUAGGUAUUUUGUUGAACUCGAUUUGAUUUCGGAGUUCGAGAUCGCGAGGCCGACGGUUCAAUACUCGAGAAUGCUGCAGUGUUUGCCAAGAGUUUUUGUUGGUACGGCGGAGGAAUUGAUGAAAAUCGUGAGACUUUUGUGCGAUGGAGCGAGGAGAUCUCUUCGAAGCAGAGAUCUGUCGGUUUCUCCAUGGAGGAAGAAUCGUUACGUACAGAACAAAUGGUUCGGACCUUACCGUCGGACUGUAAAUCCGGUUCCAGAGAAGUCGGUAAUGGCAGCGACGGCGUCGGCGGAAGCCGCCGGCGCUCUUUAUCGAUGUGUGGGAUUUGACGACGUCGUUUCGGACGUGAAUACCAAUCGACAGUUUUUUGUCCGGACGAGAUGAUAAGGAUUGAAAUGAUUACAAAUCAGAAUAAAGCAAACUGGAAAUCAAUAACGUGAACAAGCAACCCUAUCUUUUUUUUUUGAAUUUUUUUGAAUAUUUUUACUUAUCUAUUAUGAUUUUAAUUUUUUAAUUCAACUAAACUAAAGGUCCCAAAAAGGAAAAACAAAUAAAUAAAUCAAGGGGGUUGGCUCUACCAAACAAAGGAACAUAUCCAAGAUUUGAAAAGAAAGAAUUUUAAUAUUUUAAAGCAAUCUUGAAAUAAUUUCAAUUUUUAAAGCAAUCCCCAAAUGUAGAAAAUAAUUAAUGAACUUCCAAACGAUUGUGGAGACCUUCAAAAAAGUUUGGGAAGAAGUCAAAAAAUAAUAAUAUGCUUUAAUAUGAGGUGUUACAAUUUAAAGCAUAAUGUCCCCAGGUUGAAAACUUUCAAAAGCAUAUACUUUCUCUACAAAUCAAUCCACUUUUUAAGGAGGGCUCUAAAUAGUUCAAGUUAAACACGUGUAUACUUCUUAACUCGUUUAACUACAUAUCUAUAAGUAAUUUUUGUUUUUCUUAAUACAAUUAUGGAGAUGGAUGACCGAACUUUUAAUUUUUAAGAUGUAAGGUCGUGUUAAUUAUCUAACGAAGUUCACUUUGACAAUUUACAAGUAGUUGAGACAUUAUAAUUUAGAUCUAAG